CUGUCAUUUCAACUAGAUAAUGUUUAUGUGUUAGUAAAUUUGUGGUAGUAGUAGUUUGUAUUAUAUAAUUGUAUUAUUAAUUGCAUAUUAUAUGAUUGCACACAGAAAAUAGAUUUGCAAUAAAUAGUACACAAUUUGAUGUAUGCAGUGUAUGUAACAGCGUAAAUAUUGCCGUACAAUUCAAUCGAGGCAACGUGCAUAGCUAUAUGCACCCAAAAAAGACUUUAGAAAUAAUAAAAAAUGUUUAAUCGCAAUUCAUAGUAAUUUAGAAAUCACUUUACCUGCCGUCCAAUCUAUUUGAAGUCGAUUUGCACAGAGAAAACAACGUUCAGCAGACGAUGUUCAAAACUGGGGCUCCCUUUGAAUAAACGGUGCAGGUUACUGUUCGAGAGAUGCGCAAAAACGCAGCACUUCGUUUAUGUCGAAAUCACGGUUGUAACAUGUCCAUUGACUACCAAGAAUCAAAGGCCGCGCCGCUAGCCUCGUACUACCAGCGCACUGUUCGCUCCAGCGGCUAAGUCGAAAGGGUGUCCCAAAAAAAAUUCGCCCUCCCCGGCGAAAAGGCCGCGGCGGAAAGAGGUCUGGCUACGCGAGACUAAUUAGAUAGAUGUAAGCUAAUUGAGUUUGUGACGUAAGUUGGCUCCUUGUGCCAUUAAUUAAUUAGCAAAAACUAUGCUGUCUGAUUGUGUGUCCAUUCUCUUACAGCUGUGUACUUCUGGAUAUUUUCCAAAUUCUGAACAAGAUCUUUGCAUUAAAUGUCCAGCAGGUCAUGAGUGCAUUGACCCAGCUAUCGAUCCUCAACCGUGUCCGAGUGGAUUCUACAGCCUCGAUGCUGUAUCGUCCUGUUUUCCGUGUCCAGCUGGUUACUCCUGUUUCAACACUUCCAGCCUUCCUGUUUUAUGCAAACAAGGCAGUUAUUCAUACAAUGCCAGUGUUGAGUGCAUCGAAUGUCAUCUCGGCACUUACUGUCCAUCGAAUGCGUUAACAUCUCCAUUGUCGUGUCCUAACGGACACUCAAACAUGACAGGUGCCUCUUCGUGUGUGGAUUGCCCUCCAGGUCAUAGAUGUGAAGAUCCGACUUCUCGUCCGAUCAAAUGUGAUGCCGGAUAUUUCAGCCCACAAAACAGUGUGAGCUGUUUUCCAUGUGCUUACGGUCAAUACACAACGAACGACACAAGUGAAGUGUGCAUAGAGUGUCCAUCAGGCCAUGCGUGUUUGUCACCAGCUGAAACCCCUAAACCAUGUGCAGUUGACUAUUAUAGUACGAGUGGCACGCCAGAGUGCAGAGAGUGUCCACGUGGAUUUUAUAGUGACAAAACGGGAUCAUCCGACUGCCGUCCAUGUGAGACGAAUCAUUAUUGUCCAUAUGGCAAUGCAUCAUUGCCUUGUCCAAGUGGCUUGUUUAGUGCAAACGAGUCGAUUACAUGCUAUACGUGUCCGGCUGGAUUCGAAUGCAAAGACGGAGAGCAGAAAACAUGUGCAGCUGGGCAGUAUUCACCUGAAAGGGAUGACGAAUGUCAUGAUUGUCCUUCUGGCUCUUAUUGUCCUUAUGACACAUUAGCAAGCCCAAUAAGCUGCCCUUUUGGCUACUAUAACAACGUCACAGGAGCUGUGAACUGCACUGUGUGUCCAGCAGGAUAUGAGUGUCCUCUUGUAAACGAACUUCCAGUUCCCUGCAUGGCAGGAAGCUUUAGUCUGAGUGGAUGGACUUCGUGUUCGACAUGUUCCGAUGGGUAUUAUCAAUCGUCUACACAUCAACAGAGCUGUGAAGUCUGCCCGGAUGGGUCAGAAUGUCCUGAUCCUUCAAGCAACCCGAGAUUGGGUCAACCAGGAACGUAUAGUAACAUCCCGGCUCAGUCUUGCAUUGCAUGUCCAAUCGGAUAUUAUCAAGAUGAAGCUAAUGCAACAAGCUGCAUUAUCUGCCCAGGUGGCUACAAAUGUCCUAAUGCCAGCUCAUCACCAGAGGUAUGUUUACCGGGCACGUACAGUCACGUAGGUUCCACAUCAUGCACACCAUGUGCACCAGGCUACUACGCUGACCAACACAAUCAAACAAACUGUACGGCUUGUCCAGUUGGAUCA